UGGUGGAACAUCGAUGGAGGAUGAUACUUCAUUCUGGGAUCCGUAUUCAUUAGAUGGCCAAAUGAUGUUCGAACGUAAUGGAGUAGAAGGUCAGUUGAUAUUGUACCAUGAAUGACAGGUAUCACAAGGCGGCCCGGGAUGGCUACCUGGACUUGUUGAAAGAGGCUACACGGAAGGACCUUAACGCGCCCGACGAAGAUGGCAUGACACCGACUUUAUGGGCUGCUUAUCACGGCAACCUAGAAGCCCUGCGGCUGAUCGUCGGCAGAGGGGGCAACCCUGACAAGUGUGACAUAUGGGGCAACACGCCACUUCACCUGGCGGCUGCCAACGGGCACCACAACUGCCUCUCCUUCCUGGUGUCUUUUGGUGCCAACGUGUGGUGUCUGGACAACGACUACCACACACCGCUGGACAUGGCCGCCACCAAGAACCACAUGGGCUGUGUCCGCUACCUGGACUCCAUCGCUGCCAAGCAGUCGGCCCUCAACCCCAAGCUGGUGAGCAAGCUGAAGGACCGGGCGUUCCGCGAGGCCGAGCGCCGCAUCAAGGAGUGCGUGCAGCUGCAGAGGAAGCACCACAAGCGCAUGGAGCGCAAGUUCCACAAGGAGGCGUCCGAAGCCUCCAUGUCCGACGCCAUGAGCUUCUCCAGCUACACCAGCAGCUCCGUGAGCCGCAAGCUGCACCACCUCAACGCUGCCACCGUCAGUGUGCCAUACUCUCAGGUGACUCUCCAUGCCACAUCCCGAGGGAAGACCAAGAUCCAGAAGAAGCUGGAGAAGAGGAAACAAGGGGAGGGGACCUUUAAGAUCUACGAGGACGGCCGGAAGAGCGUGCGCUCCCUCUCCGGUCUUCAGCUGGGCAACGACGUCAUGUUCCUCAAGCAGGGCACCUACGUGAACCCCAAGGACCGCUCCCGCAGGAACGUCCGCGAAAUGUUCCCCGGGGACAACGAAGAUGCCAUCUCGCGUGCCAUGAGCGAGCCGGGCCUCCACGGGCCCGACGUGGACUACUCUGUAAUAAGCACCGACUCGGGUCACGACUCCCUGUUCAACCGUCCGGGCCUGGGAACCAUGGUGUUCCGGAGGAACUACGUCAGCGGGGGGUUGUUUGGCAUCGGCAGACGGGACGAGGGCAGCGUGGUGGGCACAGAGCGGCCCGGUGCCAACGUGCGACUGCGCAGCCGGCUGCACCGUUCCCCCAGCCUGGACAGUAUCGGCAGCGCCCACAGCCUGCAGGAGAGGAACAUGCAGGAGCUGCCCUGGGAUGAGGUGGAGCUGGGCCUCGAUGACGACGACGAACCGGAGACCAAUCCUCUGGAGGUCUUCCUGGCCACGCAGAGCAUGAAUGAGUUCAUGCACAUCUUCAAGAGGGAGAAGAUUGACCUGGAGGCACUGCUGCUGUGUUCUGACCAUGACCUCAAGAGCAUACACAUCCCCCUAGGGCCCCGUAAGAAGAUCCUGGAUGCCUGUAAGAGACACCUAGAUACCAUAGAGGACCCUGACAGUAUAGAGGACACAGAGUUGUGAUUGCUGCUUACAUAACGGGCCCAUGAGUUGACACAUCUCCAGGAUAAGUAUCUACAAAUGAAAACAUUUGUGGAAUUGUUUAAGUGUAGAUGGGGAGAUGUUAUAACUCCAGCCAUAUAACACAACAUAUCAGCCAGCCAUAUAUUACCGAAUACAUAAGCUUAUCUCAGUUUGCUCUGUUUUGUCAUUGUACAGCGAUACAAUGCGAUAAGCCGUAAAUCCUACUGUGUGCCUCUCACCGAACCUUAAAGGUCAGCGGUGUGCUGUUGAGAGGAUGUUUUGUAUGCAGGGAAAAGACUGCUCCGCCUCUUUAAACGCCUCAACCCAGGCUAGAAGGACCUUGUCAAGACAAAUAUCAAUGAAAGGGUAUAUGUGUCCAGAAUCCUAAACAAGUUUCCUGUGGUCAGACAGAUAGGAUUUAUAGUAGAGAGAUACUAUUCAGACACACUCACAAGAGUCAUCAACACUGCACUGUUAGGAGUAGCUGUUCAAUAACCAGCAACAGCCAGUACUGUGUGUUACUAUGUACUAUGUAGCAUAGUUUAUGCAGAGCCUGAAAUUGGGUUUUCCCUUUUUGCCUCUUACUUUAGGCCUAUGUUUACCCCUGUGGGGCAUGUAGUGUUGUACCAUCUCCUGUGCCUGUACUCCUUAUGCCUGUGCAUUAGAUACAAAAUGAAUGACGACAUUAAUUCAUACCAUGGUCACUUUAAAAAAAAUUUUUUACCUAUAGUGUCUUUUGGCCUUGGCCGUUUAACUAUACGAGUACAUUUGUUUACACGCAGUAUGCCUGAAGUAGAAGUUUCAGUUUGGUCAAAGAAAGCCAAUUAUUCUGAUUCUAGUUUAUUUUGGGCUAGAAGAAAGAAAAUGGUUAAUGUCUGGUGACGUUAGUUUAUUGUUGCAUAUUAAUGUUACAGAAGAACACUUCACAUUAACCUUUACAGUUUGACAUGACAGAUGUAGGCUAUAAUUUACAAUCUCACCUAGAUGUCCGUAUGUGUUUAUACUUUUAUUUUGGUAUUGUCUUCCAAGGGUUGAUGGUAUUGGUCAAUGAAGAUGCACUUGUAAAUGACAAGAUAAAAAAUCUCAAACUUGAAUUUUGCUUA